CCACGUUCACGUUCGGGUUAACCGCAGCGAUCACUUUUACACAGCCAUAAUGGCCACGACCACGAGCCGCUCAUCCUGCUGGCUGCUUCAGCGCCGUCAGCUGGACAACAUCUCCACAGUGAUGGCCGAAAUGAUAGCCACCGCCAUGUUGAUGUUCCUUGGCUGCAUGGGCUGUGUCCAGAAUUCGGUGUUCACCAACUCGAGCUUCCAGAAUGCCCUCAACUUUGGCUUUGUGGUGUUGAUCUGCAUCCAGUGCUUUGGCUGUGUAUGUGGCGCUCACCUGAAUCCAGCAGUCACCUUGGCCACCUAUGUCUAUGAUAUGAUCUCAUUGCCCUUGGCCCUGGCCUAUUUUGUGGCCCAAAUGGUGGGUGCCUUCAUUGGUUAUGGCCUGCUCAAGGCUGUGCUUCCCGAGAAUGCCAUCUAUAGCACGGAUACACCCGAUGGAGUGUGUCUCACAUCUGUGGAUAGCACAUUGACGAGCUGGCAGGGCUUGGCCAUCGAGUUCCUGAUCACCUGCGUCCUCAUCUCCAUUUGCUGCGGUGUCUGGGAUCCCAGGAAUGCCACGAAACAGGACUCGGUGCCAGUGCGGUUUGGAUUGGCCAUUUCCUGUUUAUCACUCACGGCGGGCCAACUAACCGGUGCCAGCAUGAAUCCCGCCCGAUCCUUUGCCCCGGCCAUUUGGAAUGGAGCCUGGGAGAAUCACUGGAUCUACUGGGUGGGACCCAUGACCGGAUCCCUGGUUACCUCUGUGAUAUACAAGUAUGCCUUCCGGCGAGAGGUGAACGAGGACUCGGAACUGGAAGAAACCACAAUGUCGACGAAACGUACCUCCGAGACAGAGUUCGCAUAGAUAGGAUUUAGGGGAUAUAAUCCCUAUUUUAUCGUUUAAGUUGAAUGCGGUUUUAGUUUUUAAGUUUGUACAAAAAUAAAUACCUUAAAUGAAAUCUUAUGGCGGCAGUGCCAUCGUUGUACGCUGUCAUAAUCAUAAUGUAAAUGAUACUUUAUAAAUGCUUAUCUGAGAGAGAUUACUUCCAUGCCACCGCAAUUUAGCUUAUCGUUAAUAUUUAAUUGCACAUUCACUUGAUCAAAUAAACCACACACACGGUAGCCACAAAAUGCCGACCUUA